AUGUUUCUGGAAAGUUGCCAGCUCAUUUUUAAAGGCAAACGGUUUGUAAGAUUGUUCAUAUUCAUAGUGGUUUGUCUUGGAUUUUUAAUUGCCGUUACUAUUUUAGCAGGUCUCACAAUAUUCGAUCGUCAACACAAUCAUAUUUUACAUGAUUAUGUAGCUCGGAACGAUGAUAUUGUUGUUUUGUCGACGACAUAUUACGAGAAUUCGAAAAGUUUUCCACCGAGUACAGCAGUAAUUCUAUUCAAUUCCGUUCAAGUAUUCCAUUUAAAAUAUUCUACAUUGAAUGUCGUCACGGAGACAAUGCAAGGGAAUGUUGAAGUACAAUUUAAGAUUCAACCGGUUAUCAAUAAAAUACCAUUUUUCUGUAAAUGGGUUCCCUAUAUUGCUGUGGGACAAGUUCCUGAAGAUCAUGUACUUUUGAAGUUGUCAACGAAUAAAAAAGAUGGAAUGGAGCUGUCUCUUCGAACACCUUUUCAAACACCACGAAAAGUUGUCGCUUGCUUCUCUCCAUUAUUUUUAAAUGAAAGAUGGCAACUGCUUCUGGCUACUGUUGAGAUAUAUUCCCAUUACGGCGCUUUUCUACAUUUUUAUGUUCGAUCCAUGAUAACCGAUCUGUUCAAAUUAAUAAAAGAAAAUAAAAAUACCCGAAUCUCUCCAUGGCCUUCUAUCAAAAUUGGAGAAUCGCGUGCAGCUUCUCCAAUGUUUGAUCCAAAUACAGAACUUGAAUUCAGAAAUCAAGCUUCUGCUAUGACUGAUUGCCUUCUACAGUACAAAGAAUCAGCAGAAUUUGUCAUAUUUCCUGAUCCAGAUGAUAUUCUUGUUCCUGUUUUGGGAAAGAAUUAUCACGAAGAAUUUACAGCGGCGUUCAAUAUGUUUCCAACGGCUGGAGCAAUUGUAUACAAUAUGACACAGACUUCAAUCGAAUCUUCAAUUACUCCUGCUCUAUAUUCCCCUAUAUCGCUUUUAUCAUCCAUUAAAUUCAAGGGUGAGCAACGAUGGGGAAAAUUGGUGGUCAGACCGGAAAGAGUUGACAGUACGUGGAUUCAUAGGUCCUAUUCAAUCAAAGAAGGGUACGAACAGAAAGUGAUGCCAGUUGAUGUAAACGCAUUCUAUCAUUUGAGAAUUUGGAAGUUUCCUGACUACCCAACAGUUAACCGAACGAGUGAGUUCACUAAUAGAUUCAUGUUCUAUAGCACUCUUUUUUUUAAAGAAAUUUCGAAUCCUCCAUACUUCGAUCCGUAUCAUUUAAAUGCCACAAAAAGAACGGUAUACAACGUAUCAGAUGGUUUAAAAAUUCAAAGGAAAUUCAAGAACAGAGUGUCAGAUGGGAACAUGAAAGCGAUUUACUCUCGACUUCCAAAGGUUUCCCUCUAUUACCCACUCAUUGAAGUUUGCUACAAUCGCAUCUUCUACAGUAUGAAAGAUAUAGGAACUUGUAGAGGACCCGAGUACUGUAAUAUUCCAGCUUUCCCAGGAUUGAGGUGUACAAAUGUGGCAAGCGAAUUCGUGACAUAUAAGAGUUACAAGAAUAUUUAUAUUCAUCAACUGAUAUCCACUGAUUUUGAGGAAGGAGAAAAUGGAUGUACUCUCUAG